AUGUUUGACAGCUCGCAGUAUCCCUACAACUGCUUCAAUUACGACGCCGACGACUACCCCGCCGGCAGCUCCGACGAAGACAAGAGGCUCACGCGGCCCGCGUACAGACCGGACAGCGCUGGCGAGGGCGCCCCGGGACGGGACCCCCAUGUCAGCCCCGCCCCCCAUGGAAAGGAGCACCCCCGGGACCUCAAGUUCAGCAUCGACUACAUCCUGUCCUCCCCAGACCCCUUCCCCGGACUCAAGCCGCCCUGCCUCGCACAGGAGGGCAGAUAUACGCGGCUGGAGAACGUGGGCCUACACUUUUGGACAAUGUGAUGUGGGGCCACCCGGGAGGCCCCUGCAGUUCAGUCUGGGGUCUUCCCCAGACCCUCCCUGGAAAGACGAGUCCAGCCUCACCUUGAGUCAGGAAGCCAGAGUUCAGCAAAUCCUACGAUUUCUCCUGCAGACUGAAGGUCAGGUGCCACGCUAGGCCUGGAUUGGGAGGACAGGCGGAGGUGGUGCUCCUUAAAGAUGGAAGCGGGAGAGCGGCAGAUUUGAGAGCAACCACCAGGUCCCUGAGUGCAAACUGACCACAGAUGAGACCCUCCCCCGCACUGCUGACUGGUUGGGCCUAGUGUAGCAGCACCCGUCCAGAGAGGCCUCCUUGGCUGACACCUGCCCUUUGCACCCAGCUGAAGUAGGACUCUUGGAAUCUGCUGUC